UGGUGAGAAGAGAUGGUGUAACAAUGUCGUCUUGGUCAGAUGCAAGAUCACCGCUACCAUUGCUGUUUCGGAGGCAUUCAAGUGGCGACGUCAAGAAUUUAACGUCAGUUUCAAGUAGCCUGUUGCCGGCGUUUGGAACUGUGGUUGAUGAGGGACACGUGAAGCUCAAGAAAUUCGUUAUUGCUCCCUAUGAUUACAGAUAUCGAUGGUGGCAGACGUUCCUUGUAGUGCUGGUGGUGUACUCAGCUUGGGCAUCUCCUUUCGAAUUAGCGUUUAGAAAAGCAGCAACAGGAUCACUGUUGUUCGUUGAUUUAGUUGUUGAUGGAUUCUUCGCCGCUGAUAUUAUCUUAACUUUCUUUGUGGCUUACUUGGAUAAAUCAACUUACCUUCUCGUCGACGAUCACAAGAAAAUCGCUACACGGUAUGUGACAAGAUUAUGGUUCACCAUGGAUGUAGCCUCAACCCUACCUUUUCAAAUCAUAUAUAGAAUCAUCACUGGUGAAACGACUGAAGGUCAAGUUUUUGCCUUCCUCAACUUGCUUCGACUUUGGCGACUCAGACGUGUCAGUGAACUUUUUAAAAGGCUUGAGAAAGACGUACGCUUUAGCUACUUCAUCACAAGAUUAAUCAAGCUAGUCUGUGUUACACUAUUUGCAGUGCACUCAGCAGGUUGCUUUUACUACUGGUUAGCUGCCCGGCAUAAAACACCAAAAAAAACAUGGAUUGGAGAUCAGGUUGAAGAUUUUAAACACAGAAGCAUCUGGCUUGGCUACACUUAUUCCAUGUACUGGUCAAUUGUCACCCUCACCACUGUUGGCUAUGGAGAUUUGCAUGCUGUCAACACAGGGGAGAAGGUUUUUAAUAUGUUCUAUAUGUUAUUCAAUAUUGGCCUCACUGCUUAUAUCAUUGGAAACAUGACAAAUCUCAUUGUCCAUGCUGCUGUUAAGACCUUUUUCAUGAGGGAUGCUAUCAAUGAGAUUUUGCGAUAUGCAAGCAAAAAUAGACUCCCAGAAGGCUUAAGAGAGCAAAUGUUAGCACACAUGCAACUCAAGUUCAAGACGGCAGAGUUGCAACAGGAAGAAGUGCUCCAGGAUCUUCCCAAGGCAAUACGAUCAAGCAUUUCCCAGCAUCUUUUUCGUAAAACUGUUGAAAAAUCAUACCUUUUCCAAGGAGUCUCUGAGGACCUUAUUUCACAAAUGGUGUCAGAGAUGAAAGCAGAGUAUUUUCCUCCUAAGGUUGAUAUUAUUUUACAAAAUGAGAUACCUACAGACUUCUACAUCAUAGUAUCAGGCGCAGUGGAAGUGUUGAUAUACAAGAAUGGAACCGAGCAGUUUCUGUCAAAACUAGGAUCUGCUGACAUGGCAGGAGAGAUUGGCGUAAUGUUCAAUAUCCCACAACCUUUUAUAGUGAGAACCAAGAGGCUUUCCCAGGUAAUCCGGAUUAGCCAUCACAAUUUAAAGCAAAUGGUGCAACCAGAACAUGAAGAUGGAAAGAAGAUUAUCUCCAACUUUUUACAGUAUUUGAAGGGUUUAAAACAGGAAAUACAGGAAGAAAUACCCUUUUUGACGGAGUUGAUUGGUGACAUGAAUAUAGAGCCUACAGGAUCAAAUGAGCCACAAAAUCUUGAAGCAUCAAACUCUAAUGAAAAUACAAACAUAAAAGGAACACCAGAAACUUCUAGUCCAAUACCAAGCAUAACACCUAUAAGGGUGAUAAUCCACGGGCACCAUCCGAAUAAAAGCACAACAGAAGGUGACACGUCGGGAAAGCUUAUACAUCUGCCAGACUCAAUUGAGGAUCUCUACACAUUAGCAGAGAAAAAAUUUGGAAGAAGAGGGAGUACAAUUCUCAUGGAUGAUGGAUCACAGGUGGAAGAAUUGAAUGCUUUGAGAGAAAAUGAUCAUUUGUAUAUCUUUUGAAAAUAUAAAAGAGAUAUGCCAAUCAUCAGUCCAUUGAGACCAGUACUUCAAUGGAGAUUCUGAAUGCAUUGUAGCAAGUUCAAAUUUUCAUAUAAUUAGGAUAAAAAGAAACAAAAGUAUAAAUACAAGUGUAUAUUUCAGUAUCUGUAUUUGUGUAUGCAUAUGUGUGGGCAUUAUGCAAACUAAUUUGUAUAAGAACGGCAUUUUGCUUUUUCUUUUGUA